AUGUCAACUGUGACAUAUAUAUUGGUUGUGACAACAUACGAAUCGAAAGAAACUGGACAAUUUUCGAUCGAUGUGUUGGGUAAAAACAAAAUUAUUCUCGAACGUCUCAGUACUCCAAUAAAUAUUCAAUUAAUAUAUUCAUCAAAAUUAAUUGAUGAUAGUCCAACAUAUUACCGCGAUUAUCAAGUACCAGAAUGCCAUUAUGAAACUUCACAAAUUCAUGUCAAUACAACGGGUUCGUAUGUUCUUUGGAGUGAAAAUAAUAUUAAUGCAUAUGGAUAUAUCUACAAAAAUGAUUUCAAUCCUCUAAACCCAUCUAAAAAUUUACUCCUAUCACAUGGUGGUGAAUGUAAUGAUGGAAAAUUCAAACUAAUCAUCGAUCUCAAAAUCAACACUCGCUACAUAUUAGUUGUGACAACACGCGAUCCUAAGACAAUUGGCAACUUUUUUGUUUAUAUCUCUGGACCAAACAAUGUCAGUCUUAGUCGUUUCAGUCCAGAACUAAGUAAUUGUGCGAUUCGUGAUCAAUAUAACUUGUACAUGAAAGGCAUUGCUUUGACUCUGGAUGAUAUUUUAUGUAAUGAACUUCAACCGAAUAUAGUGUUGAAUAAUCAAUCAUUUUCGAUAAAAUUAAGUGUGGGUUUAACAAUAAUUAUGUUCGUUGCAGGAUUAAUUAGUGGUAUUCUUUCUUUUGUUACAUUUCAAAAUAAAGAUGCUCAACAAGUUGGAUGUGGAAUAUAUCUCUUGGCAUCGUCGAUUGUUUCUCUUCUGACAAUUAUUAUGUUCAUAAUCAAAUUUUGGUUUGUUGUUCUUACUCGUAUUAACGUAUCUACUAGUCUGUCUGUUCUUCGUGGAGGUUGUGCAUCUAUCGAACUGAUUCUAAAACUUUUUCUCUACUUAGAUGGUUGGCUAAAUGCUUGUGUAGCAAUUGAACGAGCAGUAUAUAUUUUUAAAGGAGUAAAAUUUGAUAAGAAAAAAAGUAAAUCUAUUGCUCGACGAACAAUUCUUAUUUUACCAUUCUUUAUUUUCUGUACUCUUAUUCAUGAGCUCGUCCUUCGCAGAUUGUUCGAAUAUAAAACAGCACGAGAUACGAUAGAUACGAGUAAGACAAAUGAAGCAAUAAUCAAGCGAUAUGUAUCAUGCAUCACUCGUUAUUCUCCUUCUGUUCAAGUUUACAACAUAGCCGUUCUAUUUUUUCAUCUUGUUGGUCCAUUUAUUAUUAAUCUUUUUUCAGCAUUGUUCAUCAUCUUUGGAGGUGCUCGACAACGAUCAGUGGUACAAAAUAACCAAAGUUUUAAAGAACAUAUUCAAGAGCAAUUCACUGAACAUAAACAAUUGAUUAUUAGUCCAAUAGUUUUACUCAUUUUAUCAAUACCUCGUCUGAUCAUUUCAUUACUUCCUGAUUAUAUGGAAACAUCUGAAAACAUGUGGUUGUAUCUUGGAUCAUAUUUUAUUUCUUUUAGUCCUUCGAUGCUGAUCUUUCUUAUCUUUGUAUUUCCGUCGGAAUUGUAUAUGAAAGCGUUUAAACAAUCGUUCAAUCGUAUUCGACGGCGUACUCCUACGAAAUCAGCUCGUUCAGGUUGA